AUGUCGAUUAAACCGGUGGUAAUCAUGGGUGCCACUGGCACUGGCAAGAUGAAGUUAUCAAUUGACAUAUCCAAGGUGAUUGGUGGUGAAGUGAUAAAUGCGGACAAGAUGCAAAUAUAUGCUGGUCUUGACAUCGCAACUAACAAGAUCCGGGCCGAAUGA